AUGACGCAAAGAACGACUCGCAUUGAAAUCGACGAAGAUUUUCUUACAUGUACAGUAUGCUGGGAGCGGUACAAAAAUGCCAAAAUUCUACCGUGUUUGCACUCAUUCUGUGCGCAGUGUGUGGUCGGGUUCGUCGAGAAGGAUGCAGAAUAUAUAAAGUGCCCAGUCUGUCGGCAAAAAUGUCCCGUGCCUGACGGUGGAUUAGAGCAACUGAAACCCAGUUUUUUUCUGAACAACAUUCUGGCGAUGGCAGAGACCAAGCAAAAAGGAGAGGGCACGCAAGUAUGUGACAGUUGCCAGGAACGCAAGCCAGACAACAGGUGUGUAGAAUGUGCACUUGAUAUAUGUUCGAUCUGUUCAAAUGCACAUAAGAAGAUCCCGGCGACGAGAAAUCACAAAUUGUUAUCAUUUGCAGAAUAUGAGGAAGCUAAAACGAUCAGCCCGUCUCUGGUUCAACCAGCUGUUCAUUGUAGCAAACAUGUCGGUAGCGAAUUGAAAUUCUACUGCAGUACGUGCAAAGUAGGUGUGUGUGUGGAAUGUACCAUCAUCGACCAUCGUGCACCGGAACACCAACACCUAGAUAUAGCGGUAGUGGCUAAAAAAUACCGCGAAGAACUGGAAAUCAAGAUUGCCGAGUUAAAACUAACAGAGAAAGAAAUGCACGACAGUAAAAUUAACGUCGAGGAGGCCUCCAAACUUGCAUCCGAAAGAUACCUGGAAGAGCAACGUAUUAUUAAACAACACACACAAGAAGUAAUAGAGCGAGUGUCGAGUACUUUGAGAGAAGAAGAAGGGGAGUUACUGGAUGGGUUAAAGGCAAAACACUGCAUUGUGAGGGGGAAUAUCAAGAAAGAACUUGGUCGUUUGCAGACUGCAUUGGAAGUCAGUACAAAGACACGAAAGUUUGUAGAGAACCUCUUACGAUUUGGUAAUAUGUCUCAAAUGAUGUCCUUACGAAGCGAGACUUCAAAUACCAUGGAUUCUCUGGUCGCCUUGGAUUCUAACUCCCCAGAAAGCAUCAUGGCAAUACCGCAUUUUAUUCCACGGGAUGUCACCGUAGAAGGCCAUCUUGGUGCUAUAGGUAUCCCGAUGCUGCCAUCCCAGCUACACCUCGACGUCAGUAAAUUACCGGCAGUAGUAAGGAUUGGACAGGAGGUGUCCGUUACCAUAGAAACGAAGAAGUACGACCCGGACAAGGAUAUUGGCUGCACAAGUAUGAUGGUGGCGGAGCUGGAAGAGCCGAGCGGGGAGAUUAACAAACUCGACAUCUCUGUAUGCAAGUCGCGGGACAAACACAGCAGAACAUUCACAGUAAAAAUGGUACCCAAGGACGAAGGCAACCACCGACUGACAGUGAAAAUAAAAAACCUGCACAUCAAGGGGUCUCCCAAUGCCAUCGACGUAAUGCCGUCGUGGAAAGCUGUCCAUGAAAUGGGGGAUCUGCCGCUCGACAUGUCAUGGUGGUCUUCCAUGAAGCAAGGUCUGUUUGGAGGCAGUUCAACUAAUGAUAACCCACCAAAAUAG